CUACCAGCUGCCCUAGGCGCUCCGGAGCCUGCCCAUUCGCGGUGUAUUCUGGGGAAUGUGGUUUGGUUCACCCCGCCCACCUUCUCCCCCCAACCACCGCUGGCUGGCCUCGUACUUCAGCUGGCUGGCCGAGCUUUUGCCGAGAAAGUGCCAACCCUGAAAGGCGUUCAGACCCCCUAAGGCCCAGGCUUGGGCCCUCAGAGGGUGCGUGCUGGAGAGGCCCAGCUGCUUGGCAGGGCUGCUUUUCCUGGGAGCACACAUCACUGAAGUUUUGAUGACAUUUUAGAACCUGCCCUCUUCGUUGAGCAGAACACGGUACAAGCACGUGAAGGUAGUUGGAGUCCCCUAGGAAUGGAUAAAUUCGUCAUUCGAACACCCAGAAUCCAAAAUAGUCCUCAGAAGAAAGAUCCUGGAGGAAAGAUUUACAAGCAGGCCACCAUUGAAUCUCUGAAGAGAGUUGUGGUUAUAGAAGACAUAAAAAGAUGGAAAACUAUGUUGGAGCUUCCUGAUCAAAGCAAAGAGAAUCUAGUUAAAGUCUUACAAGAAUUAAAGAAGAAAAUACCUUCCAGAGAAGUGUUAAAGUCAACAAAGAUAGGUCAUGCUGUGAACAAGAUGCGUCAACACUCAGAUUCAGAAGUGGCUUGUCUUGCCAGAGAAGUUUACACUGAGUGGAGAACUUUCAUAGAAAAACAUGUCAAUAGACCUUCCAUAGAAGUCCGAAGUGAUGCCAGAACUGAAUCAUUUAGGAAAAAUGCCCAGAAAUUACUCUCAGAAGCCUUGGAAUUAGAGAUGGAUCACCUACUGGUUGAAAAUAUUGAACGGGAAACGUUUCAUCUCUGCUCCCGCCUCAUUAAUGGGCCAUACCGGCGGACGGUGAGAGCCCUGGUCUUCACAUUAAAGCAUCGAGCUGAAAUCCGGGAGCAGGUGAAGAACGGCAUGCUGCCAGUCGGCACGUUUGUACAGACCCACAAAAAGUGACCUGAGGGUGGUUCCAACACUGGGCUGGGCAGAAAGGAAAAUGGGCCUCUCUCUGCCAUUCAAAGAUUCUUUUGAGUUUGGGCGACGGUUGAUGCUGGCUGUGCUAAAUUUUCCCAUGGUGCCAUUCCUUCAGACAGAGGAUGCAGAGCCCUGGAGACAGGCCUGCAGGAAAUGCUUCAUUAGCUGGAGUGCGCUGGGGCUGCCUAACAGGACGAGCGCUCGCUGUCACUGGGAAGCGCAGUACGGUUGCCGUCACCCAACACAGUGAAAGGGUGAUGGAUUUCACUGUGAGCAUGCCAAGGACACCUCUAAACUUCCCCCGCGUCAGGCAGGUGAAGUUACUGCUUUAUUUCACCACCCUGCAGGUAACUGAGACUCAAUUACCGCGGCUGCUCACUCGGUUCCGUCCCCCCGAGUUUAGAUAGCUCCAGCGCCUCUCAGAACUCCCCGUCUGUUCUCUUUGCUCUGCCCCAGGGGUGAGCCUGCUGGAGCCGCCCGCUACCCCUUCCUCCCAGGACCGACUUAUCUGAACAUUUCAGCUCUCCCUGGAAGACCUUCCACGCAUUGGUCUCCAGAGCCCCCCUGCUGGGGUUUCUAAUGAGGAGCUGGCCUGAAGCAUGCCCACUCCUUAGAGUUUAUUUGAAUAUGCUGGCUGCCUCGGUUUAGGGCUCUGUAGAAGACACAUAAUGAAAUUGCUCUUGAAAUGAAUUACUGUAAGAGGAAAAACUAUAUACAUAUGUUUUUUAAAACAAAAUACCUGUAUAUAGGCUUGCUUAAACAAUUAUGGAAAUGAUACUUGCUUUUUUAAAAAAAAAUAAUAAACUGGGACUUUUUUCCCCUAAAGCCAAA